AUGGCGGGGUCGGCGCAGGACCAGAUCGUGGUCGAGGUGGCGGACCAACCAUCCCCGCUGAAGCGACCGAGCCGCGCCCCGAAACCGAGUGCGAAAGUUCGCGAAGCAAUGCAAUCGAUCGAAGACGCAACCACCGCGUCGAGAAGGACUACGAGCGAUGCUACGCGGACCGCCGCUUCGAGAGGAACGCGCGCGCUAGGAGGCGGGAAUGCGACCAACAGCGAAGUUGGGACCGGGAAGACAGCGCUACAAACACUCCUAGAGGUGCUCAAUGCACAGCGAAACGAGAUGCUCGAUACAAUCAUUGAACUACGCGACGUGGUCAGCAAGCAGCAGAACACGAUUCAAGAGUUGCACCAUCAGCUCCAGGAAUACCAACGUCAAAUGGAAUGCGCCCUAGCGAACACAAAGGCACAGCUAUCAGAGGAGCUGAGGCAAGCUCGAGACCAGAUCGACGUCCUUAUACGCAACCCGGUAUUCACGGCCUCGUCCCAGCCAAGCGCAAGAGCAUCGUACGCCGAAGUUGCUCGCACCCCACCAUCAAGCCAACCAAGCGGGGUGCGCACCCUCUCCUCGUCGAACACGACACCCUCAUCCUUUACCGACACGCUGUUCUGCACCAUCGACACAUCCAGAGUGGAGGAAAACGAAAAGAACAAAGUCCAGGUGGCGGAUGUCAGAAAAGCAAUCGAGGCGGAGGUCCGGACACUGGAGAACAUGGGAGAUUGGCGCUGCGCUGCGGUUGUAAAGGAGGCCCGGAACCCGGAUCGGGUCAAGGUGGUUUGUAGAGACGAAAACGAGACCAGGAUUGUCAAGGAUGCAGCACAAAAGAUCACUGUCCCGGGCGUACGGGUGCUGAGGGAUCAGCUCUACCCAGUGAGGAUCGACAAUGCCAACCGCACAGCGGUCCUCGACGCCGAGGGGAACGUUUUGCCAGGGGCGAUGGAAGCCCUUGGUACAGAGAACGACGUCAACAUUGCCAAGAUCGCCUGGCUCAGCAGGAAGGAUACAGGCAAGGCCUACGGCUCUAUGGUCGUCUACGUGACGAAGGGCAGCGAAGCGAGGCGACUUCUAGACGGGCGUUACUUCCAUCUGGCCGGAGAAUCCGCUUACACGACCGUGUUCGCGCCCCGGGAAGGCCCAACCCAGUGCUACAGAUGCCAGGAAAUCGGCCAUAAGGCCUUCGCCUGCAAAAAGCCGCAAAGAUGCGGAAGGUGUGAGGAACAGGGUCACCACCACAAGACGUGUCAGUCCGUGACGCUUAAGAUCCUUCAGCUCAACGUCCGCAAACGAAGAGAAGUGCAGCAGAGUCUGCUAAACGACGAGGGACUCAAGGACUUCGCAGUGCUGGCCAUCUCCGAACCAUAUGCCAGGCUGAUCGAAGGCUCGGUGACGACGGUCCCAAUGAGUCAUCACAACUGGACGAAGCUGAUACCAACGACAAGACGAGAAGCCACGUGGCCAAUUCGGAGCAUGCUAUGGGUACGAAGCGAUAUAGAGGUCGAGCAGAUUCCAGUGCCGUCGGCAGACCUCACCGCAGCACGCAUCCGGCUCCCAGACCGGGCAGUGCUGAUGGUGUCAGUGUAUGUGGAGGGUGGUAGUGACGAAGCACUGGAAGAUGCAAUGAGGGAGAUUGACCUAAUGAUUAAGAGGUUUCGAAACGGAACAGGGACGAGAACGGAUAUCAUACUGGCGGGCGAUUUCAACCGCCACGGCCAGCUUUGGGGAGGGGACGAUGUCUCACCACGGAGACAAGGCGAGGGAGACCGCAUCAUCAACCUCAUGGACGAACACUCCCUCUGCAGCCUCCUCCCAAGAGGCACGAAGACGUGGCAGUCAGGCGACAUUGAGAGCACAAUCGACCUGGUACUGGCCUCUGCAGAACUAGCAGACCAACUACUCAGAUGCACGAUUCACCCCUGCGACCAUGGCUCAGACCACAGAGCAAUCGAGACAGCCUUUGACACCACGGUGGAGGACCGUCCCAGUGAGACGAGGUUCCUCUUCAAGAACGCGCCCUGGGCGGAAAUUAGGACUAGGGUGGCAGCAAACCUCGAACGCAUCCCCUGGGACGGCAAUGUCCAGCAGCAGACGGACAGGCUCAUGGCAGCGGCAACCGAGGCGGUCUACGGCCUGACACCUAAAGCCAAACCCUCACCAUACGCCAAGCGGUGGUGGACAACGGACCUGACACGGCUUCGCCAGACAUACACGUUUUGGAGAAACCAGGCGAGAUCUCGACAUAGAGGAAGCACCAACCGUCUUAGGGUCAUCUGUAGGAACGAAGGGGAAUUGAAGAAGAUCAAUGACAUCGUCGAAGCAAAGAAAACGGGGGGUGCGAGAGUCCUUCAAGAUCAGCUGUACCCGAUCAAAGUCGACAAUGUCAACCGUACGGCUGUCCUCGACCGCGAGAGCAAGGGCCAGGAAAACGAUGUGCAGAUUGCCAAGAUAGUUUGGCUGGGCCGAAAGGACACUGCAAAAGCGUAUGGAUCCAUGGUAGUGUAUCUCACGAAACUCGGCGACGCCAAGAGGCUCCUCAAUGGAGGCUUCUUCUACGCCGGAGGAGAAUCAGGAUAUACGGGGACGUUCGAACGUCGGAUGCGGCCGGACCAGUGUUACAACUGCCAGCAGAUCGGCCAAAGCGUUCCAGUGCAGAAACCGUCAAGUGUGCGCCAACAAGUGUGGCAAGGACGGUCACCACCAUCGCAGCUGCAGCGGGCGACCACAGGAAACUACAAAAGAACCCUGUCAACGUAUACCCGAGGCUGUAGCUCUAUCCACCCACAGCGUGGUGCUCGGGGCAAACCAUCCGAAUCAGGCAAUCUUCCGUGCCUCAUUACGGGCGAGGUGGCCGAGGGCAAGGCGGUGGACUUUAUGCUGGCGCCCAACCUAUGCUCGGAUGUAAAGCAAGGCCCUGGAGCAACGAGGGCCAGCACCGCCGAAUGGCCCGACGUAGAGCGGGUCAACCUUCAGCAAAACAUCGGUCGUUGUCGGCGGCGGCGGCGUUGCGACACUGACGACGAGGAGGACUGUUCUCCUGUCGUGGGAAGCGACGCCGAGCAAGGCAAGGAUGAGGAUGCCGUUCAGCCGCCCCGAGCGAAGCGCCGCAGGGUAAACACUUCGGCCUCUACAACCCGCAGAACAGCGCCCAUGCGGCAGGCACGUCUGCGUUGCACCAACUCCUCUUCACUACAGGCUCAACGAUUACCACCAACCCAAGGUCCAAAACGCCGCCAAAGUCAGCGGAACAUUUCCAAGCCGCAACCUGCAAGGGGUUCCGCUUUGGAAGAGGAGAUACUCGGGACCGCUUGCGCAAGCUUCGAGGAAUGGCCACUUGAAGCGGUCCUCAAGCGCGUUUGGGUGGACGGGGUAGCGACGUUUCAGGUGGAGUUCACAUGGAAUCCUUGUACAAAUCAUGGACAAAAUGACGGUGCACCGGAAAGAUCGCGACGUAGGUCACCAGUAGGGAGGAUUUCCUCGACGGCGCGCUCUCUCCCUUCAAGAGUUGCCUCCACGACUGAGGAGACUCGAGUCGACGAGUAUUUUAAGGUCGAGGACAUUCGGGACUGGCGACAGGGAGAAGAGGGGCAGGAGUAUCUCGUCAAGUGGGCAGGGUAUGGGAACAAACACAAUACUUGGGAACCCGCUGCGCAUUUCGAGGAAUGUCCCGAGGUGCUGGAGGAGUUCCACCAGAGGGCGGGAUUGUGA